AAGAGCUAGUGAGACAGAGACAACUUCGUACUACUUUUUGUUUUGCUAUAAUAUAAGCUACUUACUACACCAACCACUGCGCAGAAACGGAGUCUAUCUAAUGGGAAAGGAGAUCUAUUAGGAUUCCUGUAUAUCUUCUAGUUGUGCUUUUUUUACACUUUUAUUAUUGUUUUCUUUUAUUAGGCUUCAAAAGAUAAUGAGUUAUGUCGUCAUAACCAGCACUUGAAUUAAUUUAUUCUACAUGCAUAACAGUCUUCAAUGUUUCUGAAUAUUUAAUAGGUUAUAGAUUCAUCCAUGUGUAUAGUGUACCCUUCUAAAUUAUUUGGCAAUUACCUCUCGCCUGAACGUGUAAAAAGAGGCUCUUAAUAUAGCAUUUAUAGGCUAUACUAUCCGCUGGAUAUUCGCAGUUGGAGGGAUUGGAUAAUUAUUAAUCAGUCGCGCUUUGGCGCUGCAUUUAUCUGAACAUGAAGCAUUUGAAAAUCGUACUUGUGUUGGCUAUUGCGGCCAAUGUGUGGGAAUGCGGAGACACGAAAUUCGGUGGAGAAAAAGGAGAAAUUAGUCCAAGAAGGAGGAGAUGUUACGAUGGAAGCCUACCGAAGCGCUUGAAGAAGAGAGACAGAAAACUGUCACUGGACAGCGGCAGCGGCAGCGAGGUUUGCCACAGGCUCUACCCUCGCGUGUCCUGUUGCCCCAACCGGAGAGCUGCUUUUCAAAUACUUCACCGGCGCGAUGCCAGGACCUUCUCCACCAACAACACGGAGUGCUCCCGGCUGCUGGAGGAGCUGAGGUGUGCCCGCUGCUCGCCCCACGCCCAGAUGCUGUUCCACGCCCCCCACGGAGCUGCCGCUGUGCCCACCCGAGAGCCAGACCUGCCCCUGCUGUGCCACGACUACUGCAGGGAGUUCUACUACACCUGCAGAGGACACGUUCCAGAGCUUUUCCAGGCAGAUGUGGAUGAGUUCUGCCAGUACUACAGCAGGAGAGAUGGAGGCCUGUGUUUCCCAGACUUCCAUCGAGGCCGAAGGACAGACUCCAACUAUCUUGGGGACGACAAGACUGAGGACAUCAGGAAGCACAAACACAACUGCUACUGCGUGCAGGAGGUGUUGAGCGAGUUGCGACAGCCGGUUGGAGUGGUGCAUUGUGGAGACGGCUCCCAUCGCCUCUUCGUUCUAGAGAAAGAGGGCUUUGUGCAGAUCCUCACUCACACCAUGGAGCUGCUCAAGGAGCCAUUCCUAGAUAUUCACAAGCUGGUCCAGAGCGGCAUGAAGGCUGGAGAUGAAAGAGGGCUGCUAAGCCUCGCAUUCCACCCCAAUUACAGGAAGAAUGGAAAGCUCUACGUGUCCUACACCACCAACCAGGAGCGCUGGGCCAUCGGGCCGCACGACCACAUACUCCGUGUGGUUGAGUACACCGUUUCCAGGAAAAAUCCAAAUCAGGUGGACACUAGGACCGUGAGGGUACUGAUGGAGGUGGCUGAGCUGCACAGGAAGCACCUGGGAGGCCAGCUCCUCUUCAACCCCGACGGCCUGCUGCACAUCUUCCUGGGAGACGGCAUGAUCACCUUGGAUGACAUGGAAGAAAUGGAUGGCCUCAGUGACUUCACAGGAGCAGUUCUGAGAGUGGACGUGGACACGGACUCCUGUGUGUCUCCUUACACCAUCCCUAAAAACAACCCCUACUUCAACAGCACCAACCAGCCCCCGGAGAUCUUUGCCCAUGGGCUUCAUGAUCCUGGCAGGUGUGCGGUGGACCAUCACGGCAGUCUCCUCAUCCUGUGCACAGAUUCUUCAGGCAGAAACACAAGCGCAGGGAGAAUACUGCAGAUCGUCAAAGGGAAGGACUACGAAAAUGAGCCAUCCAUCUUUGAUGUGAAAUCUACUGGCAUUUCCACCCCCGUUGGAGGCUUCAUCUACAGAGGCUGCCAAUCAAGGCGUCUCUAUGGCAGCUACGUCUUUGGGGACAGAAAUGGGAACCUGCAGAUCCUGCAGAGGAGUGGAGACGAUCGGCCCUGGCAGGAGAAGAGCCUCUGUCUGGGCAGCAGCACCACGUGCGGAGCCUCGCUGACCGGGCACAUCCUGGGCUUCGGCGAGGACGAGCUGGGUGAAGUCUACAUUCUGACCUCCAGCAAAAGCAUGGCACAGUCUAACAGCGGGAAACUUUACAAGCUCCUGGACCCCAAGAGACCCCCGGUACCUAAAGAAUGCCGUCGUCCAGUGGAGGCCCCAGAGAUGCUCAGUAGCCCCUGCUCCCGCCAGUGCAAGAAUGGACACUGCACCCCCACCGGAGCCUGCUGCUGUACCCCGGGCUGGGAGGGCCCCUUCUGCAGAGUGGCCAAGUGUGAGCCGGCGUGCCGCCACGGGGGCGUGUGCGUGGAGCCCAGCAAGUGCCUGUGUAAAAGCGGCUUCUCGGGCGCCCAGUGUGAAAAGGGCGAGCGUGGCUCGGAGCACGACGAGGACGACGACGGGGACAAGAACAAAGACGGCCUCCUGGACAGCAUCUUUGGCAUGGCCUCCUAUCUGCUGGACAGGCUGUCCACCGGAGAGAGAUCUCCCCCCAGUUGGUGAAGCGCCCUCACCAACCCUGACCAACACCGCAGAGCCGCACCCAGAUCACUCCACCUCAGAGAUAGCCAGCAUAGGUCUCUCCCUCUUCUGGCCCAGCUCCCACUCUUAGUCCACAUGCUGAACCAACGUCACCAGUAUCAGAGGCAGAUGCAUGCAUGAAGGCUGAUCCAACAGCACCCCUCAACUCUCCUCCAGCUUCUUGUGUCUUAACAACCACUGUGAGGUUUCCUUUCAUCGGUGAUGGUUCCCUUGACUUUGUGCAACAACCAUUCAGACCUUCUAGAGCUGAAGAGAUCUGAUUAGAAAUGUGUAGUUGGGAACCAGGCCUCAACCCCCUACACUACCCCUAAAGGCCAGCUUGUUUACGGAGUCAGCAGGAGACGUAUGAAAACUCCAGUGACUUGCAGACAGAUUGGAUACUGUGGGCAUGCAGUAGGAAAGCUCCCCACCCCCCUGCAGCAGUCCAUGACACUGAACUGCACCUUGGAGAAACUCACAUUCUUACCAGGAUUCCUAUGGCCACCUCACAGAGGGGCUUGCCUUGGUCUUUGCCUUCUUAAAGACUUCAUGUUAAAACAUUUAAAAAUGAAUGCACAUCUGUCAGUUUGACAUAAACUCAAAAAGCUCACGAUUUAGUGGUAUGCUAACUUGAAAAGAAUAAGCAUACAAGAUAAAUAAUAUCUGUGACAAUCUUCUCAGAGAUUUACAUGGCUCCAACCUGCAUUGUAAUUAUGUAAACUUGAGAUCCCAAAAAAAUGAUAAAGGUUGUCAGAGCUUUUUAAGCAUUGCCCUGCUGGAGAAUAAUGGUGCCAAAUCCAUUUCAUUUUCUCAGACCAUGUCACUGGUUCAGAGUAUCAAAAGGGCCAGUCGUCAAUCUGUUUGAGAUUUAGAAGCAUCAUUGGCUUUCCUCAUCACAACCUGUUCAAUAGUUAAAAGACUAGUCAGUAUAUUCUUGAUAUAUGUAUGUAGCCAUAGGCAACACAGCUAAAUGAAAAUAGGUCAGGAUGAAUAACAUUGUGACACGUAUUUUCAGACCUGUAGAAAUAUUGCAUCUUGAAAUACAUUAUUGUACAUCAAUAUGCUAGAGUUUACUUCUAGGUACGUAAAAGUCUAAAUGUCUUAAAGUAGCAGUACCUACAGUUGUUGAUGUCAAGAAGAUUCCAUGCUGCGGAAUUAACCUUGGUCAGUGUUCUGUUCUUGAGACAAGUGCCACUAUAUGAAAAACAUAUCUUUCUCUACUUAUUCACCAUAUCCAUGAAAGCUGCUUUUGUUUUUUGAUACAAUGAUCCAAGUUAGUUGAUAUGUGGCAUUUUGAAAAAAAGAAUAUUCUUAUCGAUUUAAUCAUGUUUAAAAGAUAGUCAAUUUUCCACAGAAAAUAGGGUCCAAUCAAUUCUACAGUCCAGAGCCUGCCUUAGAAAAGGCAGGCAAUGUUAUGAGUAUGACUAGACAACACAGACAUACAGAGACCAAAAAAAGAAGUGCAGGGCCAGGGUUAAAACCCUUCAGAACACAUACAAGCUAUAUUGAAGAAUACUACAGCAUAUUCAGCAUUCAGCUACAAAGGGACAGAACACGCUGGUGUAUAUUUCUUACAGAACUGUACUGAGAGACGUACUACUUUAGCCUCACAAAAUAAUAUAGCAUUACUGUUGUUUGAUAGAGGAGCAUUUAUUUUUGUAAGUGUGAUAAUAUAUGGGAGAGGAGGAUGUUUAUAGAGUGGUUUUACAUUAAGGUUUUUGCUUUCACACCUCGUUUUCUUUUUCCUAAUCAAAACAUGUGUUUUAACAGGAGCACAGUUAAUAUAUUAGUGUGUCUGCGAACACUGUAAUCGCCAAUCCAUUACCAGUAGUGUUUUUAUUUACAUGUGGGGGUUUUGUCAACUCUUUUUGCCAUCAUUCAAGCAUGGACUAAUUAGUUGUAUUACAGUUGAAAGUCACAGAACUGCAUAUCCUUUGCUUCAGUUUUGGAACACAAAUAAAAUGUAAAAACAUUCAAUUACGUAUACAGGUGUUAACAAAAGUUGAUGUCUAAGGUUUGGUUGUUUGGUUUGAAAACAUUGUGUUUCCAUCACCACCAUGUUAAAAACAUACCAGUGCAAACACCUCAGAAGCUAUCAGCACCCUCAAAAAUGGUGAGAGAGCGACUAAAUGAGGUUAAGAUAAAUAAUGGUUAUUGUUGAUCGUAUUGUAUUUGAUAAAUUCUCACAACUGUUGGAACCUAAUGUUAGGCUGGCCCAUGUGUUACUCAUGUGUCCUUUGUGGCUGUCUUGGUGCUCAGUGCUCAUGGAACUGAGACCAGAAUGCAGACCCUGCAUGCAGCAGUCUCUGCCCUGUAGCCCUGUCAAGAGAACAAGCCAAACCCUCUCCCAUGUUAAUGAUAUGUAAUCAUUUCUUUAUCAUUGGUAUGUGGUAACUGAUGCAUGCUGCCAGUCAUCAGGUUGUUUUUGUUGAUUGUCCACUCAUAGUCAUCAUGGGUGCAUCCCUCUCAGCACUGCUUGUCCUAUUGGAGGAGUUCCAUCAACAGCAGAUGCUGUUAUCAUUGUUGGUUGUUGCAUUGUUUUUGUUUUGUUUUUUGUCUAUUUUUUUUUUUUUUUUUUUUUUUUUUCUUAAAUGUAUUUUUGAAUUUGGCCUUGCUGUGGUCGUAGUUUAUGUUAAAGUAUCCAUGCUGUAAGUUUAUCCUUUAAUUUAAGCACUUAAUGUGAAACUUGCAUUGCAGCUGCUGAGAAGGUAACAUGUGAAUAGAGAAAACCUUUUUUUCCAUUUUCUUCCUUAUUUAAGUAGUUACGCCAUAAAGUUAUUUAAGUUCUCUAUGUUGUUUUUACCAUUAUCUGUGAAGAUUUUGAUCAUGUAAAUAAGUCUAGGGCUAUCUUGGUAUUCUUUUCAGAAAUAUCAAUAUGUCUAUUAAAGUUUAUAGCAUGUUUGAAA